CACCUCCUUGUGCAGAGCUGUUAGAUGCAAACAGAGUUUGGACCUGCACCAUGAGCGUUGACCAGAGCUAUCCGUUCCCACAGGUGUUCCUUGUGGAUGGAGGUGGAGGGCCGCAGCACUCUGCCCAGUCUCCGAAUCUUGUACCCUGCUGGUCCUACCCGCCCCCCCAGGAGAGGGUGAGGAGCCGUGGGAAGAGUCGGGGCUGCAUGGGGGCCAGCCCCGCUCUGUCCCUGAUCGUACUCAUGCUGUUCCUGCUUGUGUUUGCGGCCCUGGGGUUUGCAGCCUACCAGAUUAUCAACAUGCAGGGAGAACUGAGAGAGUUAAAAAAGGUUCAUUCUGCGACUGAGUUUACUACACCUCAGACAAAAAUUGAGAUUGAUUCACCUCAGAAGCAAAUUGGUGAUAAACCUGAGUUGAUUGAAGAGAAGAACAACAGACCUGCAGCACAUGUGACAGGGCGGAUUGAAACCUUAGUGGUCGCUAAGACUCUGCGCUGGGAUCCUCAUGCAGCGCGGUCGUUCCUCUCUGGAGCCGUGGCCUACAGGUUUGAAGAUGGUUCCCUGCAAGUCAAUGAGACGGGACUCUACCACAUUUAUUCACGGGUGGAGUUGAUCUUUCAGCAAUGUUCUCCUACCUCAUCGUUCAUACAUUCAGUGUUUGUGAGGAGAGCAGGACACACCCCGCCUCUUACCCUGAUGGAGGCCCGCAGAGAGGGUUUAUGCUCUCAGCCGAGACACGCCUGGACCACAGAGAGUUACCUCGGCUCCGCCCUGAAGCUGCAAAAAUUUGACAGAGUAUUUGUGAAUGUAUCUCACCCAGCUUAUCUUAGUCACGCAUUUUAUGGCAACUUCUUUGGUCUCUACAAGAUCUGAUGGUUUAAUGUUUUAUAUUUCUUAAUUUAACUCCAAUAUCAGAAUAUAAACUGAUCAGAAUGUAUCUGAAUAGCUUAAAUUGCUGAUUUAAUUGCUAGAAUGUAUAAAAACUGCACUGAAUAGUCUAAUAUGAAAUGGUCUGCAAUGUUAAAACCCAGGGAAAUAUUGCACACUGUCUUUAUAAACAGAUUUAAAACUGGUGGUUGAAUCAAUUGAAGCAUUUUCCACACAUUCACACGAGGUGCCUUUUAUAAAAUAUAGAGUCUGUUAACACUAACACGUUUGUUAAGUUGUAGCCUUUUUAAAAUAUUUAUUAAAGUGUGGAUCUGGCAUGUAUGAUGUCAAAAUAUGUGAAAAUGUUGGUAAAAUGGUUGUUUGGAAAUAAACAAAUAA